AUGUCUAAUGAUGUUUAUGAGAAUGUGUUCAGCUCCGAGUCUGGGGGAAGGAACAGUGAGCAAGCGGAGAUGACGGUGGAUAUUUAUGAGAGUGCAGACUGUGUGAGAGAUCAAGACUUCAGGACAAACACACAACAACCACUUCAACAAACAGAAAGUAAUUCAGUAAACACAAGGAUCUUCAAAGCUUCUCCAGUGUGUUUGGUGCUGCUGUGUUUUCUUCUGCUGACUGCCAUCAUAGUGCUGAGUGUCUACAUCUAUACAAACUACACACAAGAGAACAGAAUUACCAGCCUCACAGAAGAGAGAGAGCAGCUAAUAAUCAACAUAACCAACCUCACAGAAGAGAGAGAGCAGCUUAUAAUCAACAUAACCAACCUCACAGAAGAGAGAGAUCAACUAUUAAUCAGUAUCGAAGCAGGGAAUGAUCAGAACCAAAUCUUGACAAAAGAAAAGAAUGAGUUAUUAUCUAAGAAUGAUGAUCUGAAAAUACAAAACGUGCAGUUACAGCAGGUGGAAAAUGACCUGCAGGAGUGUCGUAAUAAACUGGAUGGAUGGUUUAACUAUCAGUCCAGUUUUUACUUCAUUUCUUCUGAGAAGAAGAACUGGUCUGAGAGCAGAAGAUACUGUAGCGACAGAGGAGCAGAUCUGAUCAUCAUAAAUAACAGAGAAGAACAAGAUCAUUUGCAGAAAAUAUCUGGUGGUGCUGAGUUCUGGAUUGGUCUGACUGACAUCGAUGAAGAGAGCAGAUGGGAAUGGGUUGAUGGCACCAACAUGACCACUGGGUGAGAAAUAACUGAACUGACUAAUAAAUGAUUUAAUCAUAUCAUACAGAAAGCAUAAUGGAACAUCUGAUGCUGAACAGUACUUUCAGGUUCUGGAGGAUUUUAGAGCCCAAUGGAAGAAGAAAAGAGAACUGUGCUAUAUCUCGUUCAUCGGGAUGGGCUGAUUUUCCAUGUAAUGGUUAUUUUCAGUGGAUC